GCUCAAACUGGUGGGAUGCAUUAAGAUUAAGCAAAAGAUGCCUCACGGGCUACAAUGUCUGCAAUUUCAACAGGUAGUCUAUCCCUCCAAACAGUCACUACUUCAGAAGCUAAAGAGAAAUGCGCAAUCCGAUGAGCCACCAUACUGACCCUCUUGAUAAGGUAGUGAGAUUCAAGCUGACUUGCCAAUAAAAUGCCUUCCAAUAUUGCUUGACUUGCCAAUAAAAUGCCUUCCAAUAUUGCUUUUGCUUCUGCUAUUUCACAACAAAUACUUGUUAUUUCAUGAAUAUGAUGUCAGACCAUAUCUUCUAAUCGAUAACUGCAAAGUCAUUACUCCAAAUUACCAUAAAUGCUAUUUAUGGCCGGGGAGAUCCCAAAACCUUGUCGUUGGGCAGGACCAGCCACUCUAAUCCAAUCCAAAUAUCAAUUUAGUCCAACCUACCCACACUCAUCUGACAUCCUUUCUUCACCCAUAAUAAACCUAAAAUUAGACGAGUUGGCCAAAAGAACAAGCAAUUGUCCAUGUGGUUUGGUUUAUAUAUCACCCAUUGUUGGACUUGGGCCUGGCGAGUAUCCAUAUCCUCAAAAAAAUCUUCACUUUCGGUGUACAAAGCCCAGCCCGAGUUUGUAAUACCUACGUGGAAAUGCUCUCUGAAUUGUAACAAACUGUUGCCUACGUGGACUGUUCGCUGUAACAAACUGUGUAACUACUCGCUUGACUAAACUUACGGCUUACCUCCUCCCUCCAAUUUUCAAAUGGGACCCACCCCAUCCUCUCUCACUCACGCGCGAAAACGAUUUUCUUACCGCCAAUUUUUCUAAUUUUCUUAGAUCUAUUUCCCACGAUCCAGGAAUCAAAAAUAUCCCACGUCACCGCCACCCGUACCCAUUCCCAGCGCGCCACCUCAUCUUCCCGCAUGCAACCGCCACUGCACUGUAGCAUUUCCCCCCUACUCCAGUCAGUAACGUGCUCUUCACGCGCAUCCCCUUCCGUCUCUUUCUCUCUCCUUGCCGUUUCUUCGCCUCACGCGCCUCCCCUUUCCUUGCUUUUUCCUGCGCUUUCACCGAUGGCGAAGACAAUUUUGUAAGAAGAAAAGAAAAUUUAAAAUUGAAAUAUUAUGCGCAUUGCGCAACCCUGCUGCCGCUCCUUUAAAUACGUCGCUGUCACUCUCCUCCUCCCCCACUCAUCAUCGUCGCCGAGCCUUCCCCAUUUCAACCGUCUUCUCUGCUCCCUGCGUUCUUAUCCACCGAAAACCCUAAUUCGAUCCACCGCGAGCUUGGGCCGAGGAUCUUCGAUGGCGGAAUCGGACAACGUUCCUGCUGCUGGUGCUGCUGCGGCGGCGGCCGUGGAGGUGGAAGCGGGAGCCGUGGUGGUGACGUACGAAGAGCCGGACGAGGAGAAGUUCGGGUUCACCCGUCCGGAGAUGUACAAGGAGAAGCUCGCCGGGACCGUCGAUGCUUACGACCGCCACGUGUUCCUCUGCUACAAGAACCGCGAGUCGUGGAUGCCUCAGGUCGAGAAGACCGAAUUCGAUACCGUGCCGAAGCUGAUGGCCGCUGCUAUCCGAGCUCGCAAGAGCGAAAUCGCCGUCAAGACCAAGGUUACCACGUGCGAGACACGUGUGGAGGCGGGGUUCGAGGAAGGAGACGUGCUCAUCUUCCCCGAUUUGGUCAAGUACAAGGGCUUGAAGGAAUCGGAUGUUGAUGGUUUUGUUGACGAUGUGCUUGUGAAUGGGAAACCAUGGGCUUCUGGGCUGGCAGAGUCUUUGGCUGGGUCUCAUAUCUUUGUGUGUGCUCAUGGGAGUCGUGAUAAGAGAUGUGGUGUUUGUGGUCCUGUUCUGAUUGACAAGCUCAAUGAGUAUAUUGAGGCUAGAGGAUUGAAGGAUCAGGUGUUCGUCAGUGGUUGCUCACACAUUGGGGGCCAUAAGUAUGCUGGCAACGUGAUUGUAUACGGAUCAGAUUCCGAGGGCAAAAUCACUGGACACUGGUAUGGCUAUGUUACUCCUGAGGAUGUGCCUGAGAUUCUCGAUCAGGAUAUCGGGAAGGGGGAGGUGAUAGAACGUCUGUUCAGGGGCCAACUUGGUGCUCCAGUUGAACUAGAGAAUGCAGUAGCAAACCAGAAUGUUGUUCCCAAUGGAGAAGCAGCUCAUGAAGCCAAGAAGCCCAGCACCAAUGGAGAAGCAGCAACUGAAGGUAUGACCAGCACUCAGGUGGUGAACAAGGACACUGCACCGAUCAGUUGUUGCCAAGGUGUCAACGGUAUCUCCUGCUGCAGAGAAGUGAACACCGAACCAAGCGAGGAAACCACCGAGAAGAAGAAUUGCAGUGUUGGGAGUAAGGUGACAGACUGGAUCCAGUCACUCGAUCAGAGCGACAUCCUUGCAGGAGCUGCCGUGGUGGGAGCAGUAGCAACCAUAGUAGUUGCCUAUAGCAUCUACAGAAGGUCAGGCAAAUAAUGCCGCUGCCCCCGCUGAAUUUCUACUGUUUUAAUUGUUGUUUGUGUUUGAGGAAAGAGGGAGGAUACACUGGGUUUUGUUUUUGGUGGACGGGUUCAAAAGAACUGGAACAGCAGGUUUAGAAUAAGAUUAUCCACAGAACUUUACUAUUAGUAAUUUGAGACAUUCAAUGGUUUUGAUAUUAAGGUGGUGGGAUUAUGUAUUUAUUACCACCAACAGUAACUUCAACAGGUUAAAAAGAUAUAAUAGCUUCCUCUGUUACCGCUCUAUGGUUGCCGUUUUUCACUUGUUCUUUCGUGGUAAACUAUUCAUAUAGAAAUGAAGGAAAGGCUAAUAUAAUUGAAGUUUAUGC